AUUUUAAGUUUGUUGUUUUGUCUAAAAAAAUAUAAUUGUCGUUGUCUCAACAUACAUAAUUUUAAUAUUUAUUCUACUCUAUGAUACAUAAUUUGAAAGAUAAGAUAAAGUCUAUGAUUAUAUUAGCAUAUUGAUAAAACAUUACAAUGGGAUAGCAAUAGUAAAUAAAAUAUUUGUAGUGAUCCUAUACAUUUAGAGUGCAAUUAUUAAAAAUGGAACAUUUUGGCUUAUCUCAUGUUCUGUACGAGCCAGAUAAAUAUAGUCCGGAUACUUUGGACCUAUUAGCCGAUGAAGAAGCAAGGGAGUAUUGGCUUAAUACGUGCGAAAAGCUUGUAGAAAAAUAUGUUAAUUUUGCUCUAUCUAAUACAGAAGACCCUACCGUUGAAAUACGAGCUUUAAAAUUUAAGACCUGUUAUGUAGAGGCAUUAAAAGAGCUAAGGAUAAAUCCACUUGCACAUGGGCAAUUGACUAUACGGUUGCUUCUUGACAUCAACGAAACAUGCCUUCGUUCUCAGGGUUUCUUUGACUUAUGGAAACAGCAAAAGCAGUAUGAAAAUGAUGCUGCUUUGACUAGCCUUGCUGCAAGACUAGCAGAAAUUGAUGGCCUGCCAGAUGAUCGGCAAAGGUGGACUGAACUUUGUAGAGGAGUACUUGCUGGUAAUAUGUUUGAUUGGGGUGCACAAGCUGUUACCUCCAUUUUAAAUUCUGGAUUGUAUGAAGCUCUGCAGAAGAUUCAAAAACGACCAUGGCUAUAUGAUGGCUUAGAUAAAUGGAUAAUCAAAUUGGAGAAAACUGUUCAUCACUGUGCUGCUAUUUUUGUAGAUAACAGUGGUGUGGACAUUGUGCUAGGAAUUUUGCCAUUUGUAAGAGCUUUACUUUUAAGAGGUACAUCAGUUAUAUUGUGUGCUAAUGAGUGGCCAGCUCUCAACGAUGUUACUAACGUUGAAUUAGAGGAAAUACUUCAACGUGCAUCAUUGAUCUGUCCUGUGCUUGCUGCUGCAAUGGCCACAGGAGAUUUAGUAGUUAGAUCUAGUGGACAAAGAGGACCUUGUCUUGAUCUAAGAACUAUUAGUGUAGCUCUUUGUUCAGAAAUGAAGAUUCGUGGGGUAGACUUAAUAAUAUUAGAAGGAAUGGGAAGAGCUUUACAUACUAACCUAAAUGCUCGUCUUGCAGUAGACUCCCUUAAGUUAGCUGUAGUAAAAAAUGCUUGGUUGGCACAGCGGCUUGGUGGUCCAUUGUUUUCUGUAAUUUUCAUCUAUGAAGACAAGCCUUCAGAAACAAAUUGAAACUUGAACUAUGGAUCUAAUGCAGUAUUUUUUAAUAAAACAGGCACUGUUCUUUUAUUAUUAACUUUCAAUAGAUAUUAAUUACAUUUAUCAACUAAACAUUCGUAUUUUAGAAUGUUUAACCAUUCAUGUUAAUGUCCAAAUGGCAUUUUUGGAAUAUAUUGAGUGUUACCCUGAA